AUGGCAAAGAACCCUAUCCCAAAAACAGCUCCGAACCAUGACGGAACUCUUAUCAAAUUUGUAUGUUUGGACAGUGUGUCUCUUGUCAAGCUUGUCGGACAGCUUUCUAAUGACCCUGACUCCUCUAUCAUUGCCAACUACCACGACAAAAAUGGAGGAGUACAAGCCAAUGCACAUGAUGAACUUACCACAACGCAUACAGCCAUCCUUGUUGGUUUCGGACAAGGCACUGGAUCCCAGACAUCUGUCUCUGUUCCUCUUGGUGGUUCUCUUGUUGCCGCCGGUUCCACUGACAGAAUUCCUGCUGGUAUCACCUCUGAGAUCAGCCGUGAAAACAAAGCCAAGGUCUUUAAAUUAAUUCGAGGGUACAUGCGGAAGGACAAAUUCACUUCAACUGAACCUGUCCUUGUCAGUGCAAACGAGGGAAACCCAAGAAGUCUCAGCAAGAAGAUCGUUGCCAAUCUCCUCGGUUAUCCAAUCCCAAAGCUUGCUAGGGAGGGCAUAAAAACAGGCGAAUUCCGUACUAUGGUUCACACAAACUUCCGGAGCAUAAUUCUUAAGUACAGGGAAGAUCUUAUAGCACGAGCUGCUACAAACGCUCGUGGAAGACGGGCUGCAAGAGAAACUGAACACUUCAACCGCCGCGUAAUGGCGUGUGUGUCAAACAAGACAGCCAUUGAUGUUUUGAUGGAGAAAAACUGUUCUGAGCUGAUGAUGGAAUCAGCGUCAUCUGAAGGCGAGUCAGAUGACGAGUUUCCUGGGAGACCUUGCAAACGCAUUUUUAACAACCUCAACUUCAUCAUUGAUGAAAUUGUGAGAACAAACUUGGGUAGCAACAUUUGCCAGUUGUUAGACAGAAAUCUCACCCGCCUGUCUGAGAAACCAGUUCCCGAUGACGUCGCAUUAUGUUUCCCCCCGUGGACCCUUAGAGAUGGGCCACAAUAA